AUGGUUGUGCUUGAUAUUGCCAUGAAGAAGUCCACUCUAAAGAUAUCUUUAAGCCAGGUUGAGUUGUUAUUAGUGCUAGAAUACUUUGUUGUAAGGUGACUAUGAAGUUCUACAUGUUAAUUAAUGUAACUCUGAGCUCUAAUUUGGCAUUGUUUUUUUCUCUUUUAUUUAUAGGAUUAUUUAAACAGACCAUCCCUUAAAAGACAGUUUACAUCAAGUGUUUGGGUUUCAAUAGGAGAGUCUUUGGACAAGAUAAGCAAUGAUGAUUCAACAGGAAAUUUUGACAAUGAAUGGAUCAACCUGUAUAAAAACAAAGUUGUAGAGCAUAAGAUGUCACACCGAUACAGGGAUUCACAGACUCAGCCAUCAUCCCUUCCUAGGAGGUAUAAUUCUUUACCAAAGAGUUAUUCCUCUCAGAAUGCAACUAACAGUAGAGAUUCAUCGCAUUCAACAAGAUACAGGUCAAUUUCUUCAUCUUCUACAGCAACAAGCAGUACACCUGCUACACAGUCCUCAAGAUAUGGAAGUUUACAGACAUAUGGCACAUCAACCCAGUCUUCACUUACCAGUGACCUGAAAAAAACACCUUCUCGCAGAUCAACAAUUAGUACACUUUCUAGCAGGCCUGUUGGUGUUAAGAGCAUUCCAAGAAAAAAUUCAUACCCUUCAUCGCAUUCUUCAAGUUUUCGAGAUUCAACCCUGUCAUACACAGCUAGGCAGUUAUCAAAUAGAACACGCAGAGGUUCGGGGAGUUUAUCUCGUGACUCAAGCUGGGAACCUGGUGAGCUGCCCAUCAGGCAGCGAUCAAGUAUUACGUUAAGGGAGACACAGCCGGUUUGGGGACCAGAUGAGUCCCCCACAAGACAAUACUCAAGUAGUUCUUUGCGGGAUUCUCCCUUUUCUUUAGCAACAAAAAGAACUCAUUCUUUGCGUCAGGAUUCUGGUGAAACUGAAACUCAUUUAACUUCUCGUAGAAAAACAAGUCCAGUUGAAUCAACUGGUUUGUCGAGGUCUGUUUCUCCCCAAACUACGGCCCAUAGUGAUGGUGAAUCGCAGACAACAUCUUCACAUCUUGAACUUAGUCCAGGCGAAGUAACCUCAACUAGGCCUGUGUCACCCUCAAGCGUAAAAUACCAAGGGAGUGAAUCGAAAGAAGAACCAAAAUCCCCUAAGUCACCUGUUGUUUUGUAUGCGGGUAGCAUUCAACGAACAGAAUCACCAAGUUCUAUAAGUGAAAGUGCUUCACUGAGAAGCUCUCAGAAUGGGGGCAGUGGUAGCCAAGCUAUUGUUUGUGAUGAUGAUAAUGAACUGGAAUCUUCUGCAGCGAGAGAUAUUUCGCUUUUGAGUAGACAGAUAGCUAGUGUUUAUGAAGGGUCACUCACCAGAAGUGAUUCAAACAGAGGAUCUCGUCCUCUGAAGAAGCAGAAGGCUGUGAGUGGUGAUGACGAAAAAGCAACUGAACAAAAGAAAAAUCUGGGAACAGGAGUGCUUACAGAAAAGGUGACAGAAAAUAAUGAGAGAACCUCUGAGGGAAAAGGUUUAGCGGCAGAUGGAAAGAACAUAUUGAAAAAAGAACAUAAAAGAAGCCCUAGUAUUGAAUCUGCAACAGCUAAAGAUGAAAACAAAAAACCCAGGAGGAAAUUGUCAGGAGUUUUCUCUCGCAAAAAGUCAUCUGAUUCAGAAGGGGACGAAGAGAGAAUACAGCGCAAAAGUUUUUUCCCUCGUAAAAGUUCUAAAGAAUCUGAUAAAGAAGUAACAGGUAGAAGGGGUUCUUCAUCAUCAGCGCAUUCUGGAUCUCCACCUGUUACACCUCCAAAAAGAAAGAUUUCUGGCCCAAGUAAAUUUUUCUCUUAUUCCAGUGACUCUAAGACAACUCCAGAGGUGCCUAAGAAAUUUUCUGUGCCUGGAAAGUUUUUCAAAGGCAAAGACUCAAGUGGUGGUGAAUCAAGUGACUUGGAAUCAGAUUCCUCAAAGUCACGAUCACGUAUGAAAAGACGUGUGUCAUUACCAGGUGUAUUAGGUCGUGCAAGAAGUUCUAGUGCCGAGAGAACUGGUAGCAAAUCACCUAACCCCCAACCAUCGAUAGAUCCAGCUCUUCUUAAUAGGCGCAGGAGCAAUUUUAAGAAAGCUCAGUCAUUUGAUGUGCAGAGUGACACAUCAAAGAAUUCAAUGUUGAAUAAGUUGAAAUUCUGGGAUCAUACUAAGAAGGAAAAAUUAUCAGAUUCAAGGACGUCAGCAUCACCAGAGGAGGGCAGAUCAGCAUCAAAUUCUCCUAUACCAGUUCAUAAUAAUUCUGUAUCAUCCACUGUGGAAAAGAAAGUAGAAGACAAGACAUCACGGUUAAGGAGAAAUAGGGAUAGAACAGUUAAGCAGACAUCUUCACUGGAGAAAGAAACUGCUUUGGCUGUUAAAUCCGAGGUAACAGGUUUAUCUAGAGACCAAAAUUUAGAAUUUUCCCAGAAGGAAAUGCAUUCUUCUAAGGGUGAUGACAGUAGUAAGGUAAAUGGUAAAGAAGCUAAAGUUCAGUAUGUUGGCCAGGUUAACAUGCCCUCACCAUCUGAGCAGCGUGCUAGAAAACGUGCCCAAUACAAGGUUAACUCUGGAAAAGAUAGUAAUAGUACAGUCACACCAUUAGAGAAUUUAACAGGUGCUCAAGUUUCCGAUGUAAAAACAGUCGAAAAGAAGACAGCAGAGUCCAAUGAUAGUUCAACUAGGGACACUGUAUCAAAGUUAAGAGAACGAAGAAGGAAGAGGCGUGAGGAGAGGGAGCGUUUUUUUGCUAGUAUGGGAUCUUCAUCGAAGGACACAGGCAAACCACAGGACUCCCAGCAAAAUGGUCAUGUGCAGAGUGAUCCUACAAAUACUAAUGACUCAGUGAAAUACACAGUUGAAUCAAAGCAAGAUCACAUUGAUGCUGGAAAGAAGCCACAAGGGGAUAGUGUUAAAAGGGUAGAACUAACUCCAAAACUUAGUGCUAUUGGGAAAAGGUCAACAUUUGAUGAUGUUGUGCAAAAAGAAGCCAAGAGUAAAGGUGGAAGACCACGAUAUCAAACAAUAGCCUCUUCAGUUCAUGCAGAUAUAAUUGCUGAUCUCAUUCGCGAGAAAGGGUUAAAGUCAACAACAACUAAUGAAGUCAAAAUUCCUUCAGUGUCAGAGCUUAGAGAAAGGUUCCUUAUAUCUAAGGAUGAUGGUAAGAUCUCUCCAACCCGGCUUAUACUGAAACUUGAUGAAAGGCCAAACAGCAUAUCUGGGGAGGUCUUGUCUCCCACAGAGAUGAAAAAAUUUGAUGACAUUACUUUCUCCUUGGCCAGAAAAGUUUCUUCUGGUGACAUCAAGACAAAGCGGUUCUCCGGCAGCAGUGACGAUUCAUUGGCGAGACUCGACACCCCUUGGAAAUCCAUUUCAAAGGAUAGUAAAACAAUCCCUCCUUCUUCCCCUGAAGUUAGACGUUCUUCUAAAGGAGACAAGAAAAUAGAGAAUGUUCCAAAGCCAAAGGAGGAACGCAAAGAGGAACAGGUUGUGACUGGAGAAAGUGACACUUUAAAGAGGAAAGCUGGUGGUAAGAAAAAAAGAAAGAUCUCAAUAUUUGGAGCUGAUCGAGAAAAAGACAAGGAACCAAAAUCUCCUGAGGAGGAGGUGGAAUCAUCACAGCAUGGCGCAGUCUCUGCGGCAAUCAAAGCCAUGUUUACGCGAAAAAUAUCCUCAUCUGACAAGUCAAAGGUACCAGGGAGGCAACGAAUUAAGUGGACGCCAGACUCUUCAGUGAACAACAAGAUAUUAGACACUUCAAGUGAUAGAGAAAGAAAGGCAUCUGCUCCUGAAGAAAUUGUAAGCAAGUCACCAGAAAUUGUCUUAAGCCAUCCUGUGAAAGAGAACAAAGGUUUAAAAGAGCAUGUGAAUGUUGACAACAAGGCAAAAAUAACUAGUGAGACACAUCCUUCCCAGAAAGAGAGAAGAGAGUCAACAGAUCAGGUAAAGACUGAGAUCACACAGGAAGUGAAGAAUGUGGAUAACGCAAAAGACAUUGAAUUGCAUCCUGUUUCAGGCAUUGAGGAGAAACCUAAGGAAAGGAAAUCCCUGAAGAAACGUAAGUUAUUCUAACUAAUUUAGUGAAAUUAAAUUUAAUUAAUGGAAUAAAAUUAUAACAAGGUUGUUGGUUAAUGUCUUAAGAGUGAUCAUUCAAGUGAAAGCUAUUGAUGAGUGAUUCCUGUGCAGGUACCCUUGUAGAAUCAGACACUAUGUAGAAUCUAUGCAAAUGCUAUGUCACAAAGCUGUUAAUGAGUCAUACAUUGCUUUGACCAGAUCCUGUGUUGUUUCUAUGCCAGGACUACAUGUAUUUUUUGUAUCGAAAAUGCUAUGUUUUCGCUAGUCAAAUGGAACUUACUUACAUGUAAAAGCUAUGCAGUUUUUAAAAGAAGGAAUUAAAGGAAGAAAUGACAUGGUUUCCACAAAACCUAUAUACCUACAAUUUACUUAUCUUUUGGAAAGAGAUUUUAGACCUCAUAGUCAACGUUAUAGAAAAAUCGUAGAAAAUAAAUAACCUUCACAUAGGACUGAAAUAGAGUUUACAUAGUAACAUGGAACAGGGAACAGUUUAUUAAAUAGCUUUUGAAUAGGGUUUGCUUAGAAUUUAAAUAGCCUGGGAAUAGAGAAAACAUAAUUAUGAUGAGCAUAGUCUUUCUUAAAGCUGACAUAUACUUUGCAUUACAUUAAAGUAGGGAAAAUGCAGAACAAAAUAGUCUUUGCAUAGGUUUGAAAUAGGAUUUUAAUAACAUUGGAGUAGGUAAAACAGAUCACAUACACGGCUUUUAACUAUAGUUCAAAUAGAAUUUGCAUAGAGUUGACAUAGUCUUUUAUGUAUGCAGGUAUCAAUUUGCUUAAGCAAAUGUAGGUUUAAAAAUACGCCGGUAAUAAUCACCAGAAUAGAAAAAAUAUUAUAAACAUGACAUAGAAUGCCUUGAACAUUGGUAAGAAACAGGUUUUGAAACCAAAAAAUGAAAAACUAUGCAACACAAAUACAGUACUUUCAUGUAGCAGUUUCAGAGAAUCGAAAGCUCAAGUUAAAGUUUGCUUAAUUUGCUCAUUGUCUUGACUCUUGGCUGAUGUCAUGCUCAUCAGUGCCAUACAGUUUGCUUGUGACUGCAGUGAAUAAGUAUCUGCAAACAGAAAAGUUGAGAUUUUAAGGUAAAUAAAUGCAAAAACAACUGAAACAACUGAAAUGAAUAAUCAAAUGGUGACCGCUCCAACUUGUUCAGAUACGCGAAAAAGGGAGAAAACACAAGCAAAUCGAAACUUAAAUUGAGAAAAACAUCACUUACUGAUGUUACGAAUACUUAUUGUUGAACCUGGCAGGAAAAAGUCUUUAAAUUGAAGUAACAAGAAGCGUCUUCUUUUAAACNUCGUAACUAUUCAGUAUUCGGUGAGUCACAUUUUGGCUUAAGAAACUCCGAGGAAACCUUAGAGUUUUCCUUCUAAUCAACGUUUGGUGAGUAGAAAUUUAUUUCACUUUAUUUGUUGAACUUGCACCAGAUGUAACAGGGGAAGACAGAGGAAAGUGAAUAUAUAGCUUUAGGAUCGACUCAGCUGAGCGUUUCGCGUUUUCAUUUAUGUACUGCAAUACGCAAUUUCGCACAAAAACCCAAUCUACAUUUAGAUGAAAGAGGUAGAUUCAUCACUCUCUUCAAAAUAGCUCAUGCACGUUUAACGUGCCUAUGUUUGGCCUUGAAAGUGUCCGUGUGGAAUCAGAUAAUGUUCACACCUUUUUAUUGGUUGAAAAAGCCCCCGUAACGAUAAAACGCAAAAUACCCAUGUGUUGAACUCACUGGCUUCCCUGGGAACUAGUGGAAACAAAAUGGCAGACAAACAUCAAGGACUGCAGCUAGCGUUUCACAGUUUUGACCAGUUUUAUUCAGGAGUCGUCCACUAUCAAGAAGAAGGAUAGAAGCUUAUAUAGAAGGAGAAAAGGAUUUCAAGUGAAGCAACACUAGGGAAAAGCUAGAAAGGAAAGUUAAGGCAGGAAUGAUGAAUGCAGAGAUUGCGUAACAAAAAAUUUAUAGUAUAUGAUUUUUAAGCUUUUUAGUUUCAAACACUGCUUUUUACAUUGGAUGUAUGCUUUUUGUAAGUGCUAUUUAACCUGUACCAUCAACAUGCCCAGUAUUUUAAAAGCUAUGUUGGAAUAUCACAUAGGAAACGCAUAGACUACAUUAUUUCAUAUGAGUGACAAAGGAAAAAAUAUGUUUAUGUAAAAGCUAUGUAGCCUUUAUGUCAUGAUAAAACUAAAAUUAAAAUGUUACACAGUAAAAACAUAGGCUGCAAAUAUGUUUCAUUCACAUAGCAUAGAAUAUACAUAGCACUGUGUAAAACCUAAGAAUAUUGUUGGAAAUAAAAGUGAACAUUGAGAUGCUUUGUAAAAGCUUUUUUACUCUGAUGCUAAGUGGAUACAUAGGAUGCAAAUCAGAAGGAAAAGCAUAACUUUCUAUUUCAUUGUAAAUACAUAGCCAUGUCAAGACUAUGAAAGGAUUUUGAAUAGUAUUUGCAUAGGUGUUAAAAGCUAUGUAUUUCUCAUAGCCUAAACAUAGUUUCAACAUAGAUUUUUCAUACUUUGGACUAUGUUAUGUGGUAUGUUACAUAGUUAAUACAUAGGCAAUAAUGAACAUAACACAGCUGAAACAUAGUCCAACAUAGUAAAUAAAUAGCAUGAGCAUAAGUUUUGCAUAUGUCUGGUUCUACGAGGGUACUUUGUAUUAUGAUGCACAAUGCAAUGUGGUUCUAAUGUUUAUGUAUUAUUAAAAGAGGGAAUUCUGUUGUGCUCCCAUUGAAGUGAAAGCUACUUUGCAGUUUGUAGGUACUUAAAAGUGGUUCUGUUUAUUAUACGGUAUAAUGCAAGGUUGUUGUUAUGUUAUGGCCUCUGGAUGCAUUAAUCAUAUUGUGUGGAAAUAAAGCUCCUGAGCAGUACAUAAACAUGGGGUCCAUAGUAUUGUUUGGUUUGGUGCACAAGGUGUUUCUAACUUUUGGAUCUGUGUAUAAAAACCAUUAUUACAUAAUGACCAUCCAAGUGAAAGCUACUAAGCAGUUUUAUUACAUGUACAAAUGAUAUACUUUUUUGUGAUGGGGUUGUUACAUGCAUGUCAUGUGGAGUGUUACUUAUGCUCAGUUAGCCUCCCACACAAGCAUUUUCAGGGGAGCUCGUAUUUCAUGCCUCCCCACAAGUGCCUGCUCAACUGAGAACAACAUGCUGUCUGGGAGGCUAAUGUUUAGUUUGUCCUCAAGUAAUGUUCUUGAAUGACUUUGUGUUUGCCCUUGUGUACAUUAUAUUUUAUUACUAAGUACAGGUUUAGUUGGAGGAAAGAGGUUUCUUGGCCUGAACUUUCUGCUAGGUUCUGUUUAAGGUCAAUAACUAAUCUUUUUGUUUUGUUUAGAAUCAGUUGGAGUUAAAUAACAGAUAAUAGGUUAUUAUUCUGUUUAAACUGUUUUAUUUCCUUGCGUUGUUUGUUUUAGAAAACAAAAACUGCAGAUAAAAACUUCCAGAAAGGAAGAGCAAGGACAAGCAAAAUGGAAACAAAAAUUUUAACCCAGGCUGAUUCUAAAUUUCCCUUGUCUGCUAGGGCUAGGAGACAGCGAAAAAUGAAAAUCACUCAAGGUUAAAUCAAAAUUAACCUGAAAUCAAAUUUGACCUGUAACAUAUACAUGUACCUACAAAACAAGACUGUUAGCCUAAACAGUCCAUUUUGCUUGUCUUGCCUCCUGCAGUCAGCUCUUAUUUUUUGAAAUGCUUCUUGAAUAAUAGAGAGAUUUAGAGUCACCUGACCAAGUUUUAACUUUACUUGCCUUAACCUGUUCUUUACUUCCAAAAUAAUUAGUUGUUCUACUGUAUUUUCAUCCAUAAAAACUGUUUUAGGCAGUUUGUAUCUGCAGCAUCAUUUUGCUCUUUCGUGAAAUUGUCAACUUGGAUCAGCUGCCAUUUACCAUUUGCCCUAUAAUGUCACUCUAAAUCGUCUGUAACAUUUUAAUACUUGAAAGUCCUAUUUACACUGUAGGGUGUUUAUUCAAACUAAACUCAUCAAGAUAGUUUUUGUUUUUUUGUUUUAAAUCAAGUGUACUGGCUGGAACUUUUCUGUUUUGACAACAUAGUCAGUUUCCUUUUCAUAGCUGAUCUGUUUACAUUGGCCACAAAGAUAAUGUGUUUGUUUUUGUGUGUGUGUGAGUUUCAUGGACCCAGUUUAGAAGGUAAAGACAAACAUUGUCAAGAUAGCAGCAUUGAUAAGUUCCCUUAUGCAAACAAAGUACUUUAGCAUGCAGAUCAACUUUGCAUUUCUCUUUCUAUGGAAACACAGUUGUUAUGUUAAAUAUUGUAGUGACUGGAUUUUAACCAAGGCUGUUACUCUUGUAAGUUCGUUUUUUGUUUUCUUAAAAUCAAGUGCUAUUUAUUGCAUGCUGAACUGAAAAUUAGAGUAAUGUAUAGUGAAAUUUAUCUCUCUUAAUCUCCCUUGUGACCUUAGGUGUCCCUAAAAUGUUCUGUCAUUAGAAACCGAUAACUUUGCUUUUCACCUUCAUGUCUGGUUUACUUUCUGGCACUUCCAAUCAGCUUUUGUCCUAUAAAAAGCCUAAUUCAUGUUGCAAACUUGACAAGGAAAUUGAAAAUUCAUAAUUUCGUUUGUGCCACAAAUUACAGUAAAUUUGCUAUAAUGGUAUCAUUAUUUUUGUUUUUGUCACAGUUACCAGUAGGUUUUUUGUGUGGUCCUAAAAUGUCUCCUAUUACUGUUCACAUCCCAUGCACUGGUAAAACCAUUAUAAUAAUAAUUAUUCAUGUACUAUCUUAUAUACUAAUGCAUUGUACGACUGUAAUAGUCCACUAACUAGUGUCUUCAAUAACAUUUUCUAUGGUAGAUCUUGGUAAUAUAAACACCUUUCCUUCAAAAAUACCUUUACACUAUUAAUAUUUAAUAUCUUUAUCAAACAAUUAAGGCGAUAUUUUGCAUUUAUUUUGAUAUUCAAAAGUCUUGCACUUUAAUAAAUGUGUCCUUUCCUUGCUAUGAAUACAGAAUAUUAAAAUCUUUGGGUCAGUUUUGAUGUGUUUGUUUAUGAUUUUUUACUCUGUUCAUAAUACCGUGAUUCUUACUGUUACACUGUACUUUUAUAGAUCUUCUAAAGUUAUCACCCUCUACAUGUAGUUUUUAUAGUCUUAGGUUAAUUUGUACAGUAAAAUCACUUCAGGGUAUUUACUAAAAGGUAGACAUUAGGUAUGUGUGUUUUAAGCCAAUCAGACAGUUUCUUAGGAGUUUUUUAAAUCCCAUUACAACUACCUACAUUGUGAAUUUUUAACUUUACUGUAUGUGAAAAAUAAACCCCAUUAGAGUGCAGCCACAAAGACAUCAUGCUUUGAUUUUUAGAAUGACUAUGUUCACAUCAAGUGAGAGAGAACGAAAAAUCCGUGCAUGCUAACUUUGAAUUUGCCAUUUUUAGCUUUUUAUUAUACAAACUGUGUUUAACUGUGUAAUAAUCUAUUGAUAUCUGUAUCGUGUGUGGUGCUGGUAUGGGGUUUUCCAAGGCACACUAGUUUACAUGUGCAUGUAUGCUAGUGGGUGGAAUGUCACAAGAGAACUGUGAAUUCCUUUGUAAAGGUAACUUAGUAAAGGUAUAGUGCUUAAUGGUGAUUGGAACUAAUAACAACACUACAAAGUUGCAUCCAGAGCCAUAAUUAUACAUAUUUCCUGUCUGCUUGAAAUUCCUCUCUGGAAUUUUUAAGGGUCGAGGUAUUCAUGUUUAAACCAAGUGUCAGCAUCAAGUUUGUGAGCAAAUUAUUGUUGUCAUUAACAGCUUCCAAGAACAAGAAAAGGACUUUUAAAUCAACGAUCAAACCAUUUGGUGGCAUGAUGAAAACCAAGUCUGAAUCCAAUCUAAUGCAGCGGUUUGAUUUGAUUGCUGUGGAUAUUCCUAUUGAUGGCGAGCCAGAACCUGAGAAGAAGAAAAUGGAUAACGACAUACAGCUGAUCUCAAAUGAAACAGAUGAAAAAAAUAAGGUGGAAGAUUUAUCAAGUGCAAGCCAGAGGGAAAGACAGCCAGGUGUGUUUGAAGAAGGCUUAAAGGAAUUUUACAACAAGAAAGUGGAGGAGAACAAAAGUGCCACAACCUAUUCCCCAGAAAUUACGUUGGAGGAUCUGGACAUAAUUUCAGGGCAAACUACCCAGUGAGUGUUGUUUGUAUCGAUGCAGUGGAAAUUGAUGUCACUUUCAUGCUAUGCAGCUUUGCACUCACAUAGAUAUAAGAAGUUACUUGUGUCUUAUUAGAGAGUGUAAGCAACAAUGACGGCAACGGCGGCAAGAACAGCAAAAAAGCAAUAGGUUUAGAUUAGCAAAACAACAACUUUGCACGUGCAUCUUGCUUUUUUGUACAUUUCUUUGCUGUCGUUGCACAACUACAAUGUGAAACUUCCCACAGCUGUAGUUUCACAGUUUAUGGAGGACAUGAACAAUUCUUUUCCUUUUUUUUAAACUUAGAUACAGUACAUUAGAAUCAACACCAGAAAGAUCCUUCAACACUUGACAAAUUGAAUGAAACAGAAUAAGUCAGAGUGAUGAAGUUUGGAAAAGCGCAAAUUAAAUUUUCAAUUGGCGUUUUUGCUACUGUUCCCAUGGUGGUUGCUUAAGCUCCCCAUUUAGUGGGAACCAAGCCCUUGAAAAAAGGUCUGUUCAUGGCCAUAGUGUACAUGUAUCUGAGCUGUCCACUACUAGCUUGGAUUUAUCUCUUAGUAUUUAGUGCUCUUGAUUCAAGCCAUAUUUUGUUUUGCAGACAACUGAAUUCCUUGGCAGGGGACAAAAUGAAGGUCAGGCCUAAAAGACACCAUAAAACAGCAACAAACCCAAUAAAGAACUUGCAGCAAAGAACUGAUGUUCGAACUGACACAGAGGUACAUUUUACAGUCCUGUUUAUUUUAAAAUCAUGUUUAGGUAUUUCAGUCCAUUAAUGGUAAACUGAUGGUAAAAUUUCACACAUUCAUGUAAAUAACACAAUAAAAAAUUGAUCAUUUUAGGCAUCCUGAAUUUCACAGGUUUAGAGCUCUGGGCUCCCUUUAAUUUUUCUUAGAGCACGUCUAGCCUUGAAUGUGGUAGCGUGGCUAAAAGUGCCUUAAUUUUAUUUUCUUAUGCUAUUAACCCUUGCACAUCUACAGCGAGUUAUGAUAAGUCAUUCUAACUUAACUGUUGCUUUCAUAAACAAAUUUCUAUAAUAAUUGUGACCAUUCCAGGGCUCGAAAUGUAAAAAAACAGUGCAGUUCAUAAACAAAUUUCUAUAAUAAUUGUGACCAUUCCAGGGCUCGAAAUGUAAACAAACAGUGCAGUCGCAUUUUGUGACUACUGCUGUAGAUAUGAAAACUAGGUCACAAAAAUGCAAUUUUUUAAUUUUUGUUUGACUAAUACAUUACAUUUAAGGUAGUGGAAUGGUUAAUUUUGAAUUUUUUGUAACACUACAGUUAGUAAGUAAUAAUUAUAGUUGUUGUGAUUGACAGGUUGAGAGACCAAGAAUAGAGAAAAAACAAGUCACCAGUGAACAUCCUGUCAUCAAAAGAAAGAAAAAGAAAUAUAAAGAUCCAGAUAACUUG